AUGAGUCUGUCAGUGGGAUUUACAAAGUUCCCCCCUCACACUGAUGAGAACGUGGUGCCUGGUCAGCAGAUCAGGAAAUUGAUUAAGGAUGGUCUGAUCAUCCGCAAACCCGUCACCGUUCACUCUCGUGCCCGAUGCAGGAAGAACACCUUGGCCCGCCGGAAGGGCAGGCACAUGGGCAUCGGUAAGAGAAAGGGCACAGCCAAUGCUCGGAUGCCCGAGAAGGUGACCUGGAUGAGGAGGAUGCGGAUUCUGAGGCGCCUGCUCCGUCGAUACAGGGAGUCCAAGAAGAUUGACCGUCAUAUGUAUCACAGCCUGUACCUGAAGGUCAAGGGGAACGUCUUCAAGAACAAGCGGAUCCUGAUGGAGCACAUCCACAAGCUCAAGGCAGAUAAAGCUCGCAAGAAGCUCUUGGCUGACCAGGCUGAAGCUCGCAGAUCCAAGACCAAGGAGGCUCGUAAGCGCCGUGAGGAGCGUCUGCAAGCCAAGAAGGAGGAGAUCAUCAAGACCCUCUCCAAGGAGGAGGAGACCAAGAAGUAAACAUCACUGUCUUGUGUACAGAGUGUUUUCCAUCCAGGAGCAUUCAAUAAACGCACCCAGGACUCCUCCCA